AAUUCCAUAACCCCGCGAAAUCAUUGAUAUUCAACAAGAUAAGAAACAAACACCAAAACUAGAUAACACCACAACAAUCCCAGUACUAUUAGGAGAGAGAAAGCUCUUUCCGGCAACAAUGGCGUCUUCAACCACCGCCGUCAGCCGUCUCACUCUCUCUCCUCUCACUCAACAACGUCGUUUUUCUCCUCCUAGAGCUGCUGCUUCUUCCUCUACUCCGCCGCCACAACAACCUCGAAGAGUCUUCUUAACGAAUACUACUGCGCUUUCGUUGUCGUUGUCAAUGUCGCCGUUGUUGACUACUCUUCCUGCGAAGUCCGAUGACGUGCUUUCUGAAUGGGAGAGAGUUUAUCUUCCGAUUGAUCCUGGUGUUGUUCUCCUUGAUAUCGCCUUUGUUCCUGAUGAUCCUAAUCACGGGUUUCUGUUAGGGACAAGGCAAACUAUUUUGGAGACAAAGGAUGCAGGACAGACUUGGGUCCCGCGUGAGAUAGCAUCAGCUGAAGAAGAGGAUUUUAAUUAUAGAUUCAACUCCAUAAGCUUCAGAGGGAAAGAAGGUUGGAUAGUUGGUAAGCCCGCGAUUCUGUUGUACACUAAUGAUGCUGGGGAAAACUGGAAAAGGAUACCAUUGAGCUCUCAGCUUCCGGGUGAUAUGGUUUAUAUAAAGGCCACAGGAGAAAACAGUGCUGAGAUGGUAACUGAUGAGGGAGCAAUUUACAAUACUUCAAAUGGGGGUUACAACUGGAAAGCUGCUGUGCAGGAGACUGUUUCAGCUACUCUUAACAGAACAGUCUCUAGUGGUAUCAGUGGUGCAAGUUACUACACAGGUACCUUCAAUACUGUGAAUCGCUCCCCAGAUGGUCGAUAUGUUGCUGUUUCGAGCCGUGGUAACUUUUAUCUGACUUGGGAACCUGGCCAGGCUUACUGGCAGCCACAUAACCGAACAAUUGCAAGAAGAAUUCAGAACAUGGGUUGGAGAGCCGAUGGUGGUCUUUGGCUGCUUGUACGUGGUGGUGGACUGUAUCUAAGCAAGGGAUCUGGGAUGUCAGAGGACUUUGAGGAAGUGUCUGUACAAAGUCGUGGUUUUGGCAUUCUUGACGUUGGAUAUCGCUCACAGGAUGAAGCUUGGGCAGCUGGAGGAAGUGGUAUUCUAUUGAGAUCCACAAAUGGUGGUAAGACCUGGACGCGUGACAAAGCAGCUGACAACAUCGCUGCAAAUCUGUAUUCUGUGAAGUUCAUUGAUGAUAAGACGGGGUUUGUUCUUGGAAAUGACGGAGUUUUGCUUAGAUACCUCGGAUAAAGAUGAUGUAUACUCAGGUUCCUCAUUGAUCGCGGUCAAGUUUUGUAUCUGUUGUAUGAGUAUCCUUACAAUUUUCCUUGUACGAGUAUCCAAGGAAAGCUGAGGUGAUUCUUUCAUUGUCGAUAUAUGAUAUUGUAAUUACAACAGGAUCUUUUUUUUUUAUAUUAGUUUUUGUACCGAGCUAUUGUAUACCAGUCUUGUUGAAAAGCAACAAUCACUUUUCCUCCGAGAAAUACCGUGACUAAUUGGGUUGAUUAGCAUGAACUGAUUCUGUAAAUUCUCUGUCUUCAAGGAUAUAUCUGUAACUUGAGCCGAAAUUUGGUUCAUCUUUUAAUGGCA